AUGUCCGACGAAAUUGUCUGGCAGGUUAUUAACCAGCAAUUUUGCUCCUAUAAGCUCAAAACCACAAAAGGGCAAAAUUUCUGUCGCAAUGAAUACAACGUUACCGGUCUGUGCAAUCGGCAGUCCUGCCCACUCGCCAAUUCGCGGUACGCAACAGUACGCUCCGACCCCGAAACUGGCGCGAUGUAUCUGUACAUGAAGACUAUCGAACGAGCCCACAUGCCGAGCAAGUGGUGGGAACGGGUGCGCCUGUCCUCCAACUAUGCCAAGGCUCUGGAGCAGCUCGACGAGCGGAUGAUCUAUUGGCCGAAAUUCCUGGUUCACAAGUGCAAACAGCGUCUCACUCGCCUGACGCAGGUGAACAUCAGGAUGAAGAACAUUGCCAAGGAGGAGGAUCGCCUCGGCGAGAAGAUCGUGCCCAAGCUGGCACCCAAAAUUCGCCGUCGUGAGGCGACCCGCGAGCGCAAGGCUGAAUCUGCUGCAAAGGUUGAACGUGCCAUUGAGCGCGAACUGAUUGAGCGUCUGCGCAGCGGUGCCUACGGUGACCGCCCACUGAACGUGGAGGAGGGUAUCUGGAAGAAGGUCCUCCGUGGUCUGGAGCGUGCUGGUGAGGGUGAGCGUGAUGAGGAUAUGGACGACGGAGAAGAAAUCGAGGAUGAGGAGGAAGGUGUUGGUGAGGUUGAGUAUGUCAGCGACCUGGAGGAUGAGGAAGACCUGGAGGAUAUUGAGGAUUGGCUGGGUGGCGACUCCGCCGACUCGAGUGAUGACUACGAUGAGGAGAGCGACGAGGAGAGCGACGAGGAUGAGGACAGCGAGGCCCCCAGCGAGGACGAGAAGCCCAAGCCCGGGGCGAAGCGCAAGCACCCUGCUCCUCAGGCGAAACCGCGGAAGAAGGGCCCUCGUGUCGAGAUCGAGUACGAGACCGAGGAUGCUGGCAAGGAGCAUCUCAUGGCAUGA